CGGUGACAGUGUGCGCCUUGCAUCGUCUCGGAGACCUGGGUUUCGCCUACCCGACCGAGCGCAUCACAUAAGAUAGGCCAGGGACCGCAGGGGAAACGAGAUCCGGCAGAAAUACCAGCAUUCAGACCGAGACAGGCCCAAUCUUCAACAGACGGUAUCAUCAUUCCAGGCACAAGGAGGAUAGUACGAAGAAUGCAGAAUCCAACGUCAGCACCCCCGCCCUACGGCCUGCAACACCACACCCAAUACGACAUCUACAAAUCCACCUUCUCUAGACACUACGACAUCACAACCGCCGAUGGUCGACCCCUAUUCCACGGCGAAGUCUCCACCUUCACACCGGGCAAGCCAGAUCUCACCUUGCACACGGGCACCAGCGACAAAGGCCCAGUAGUCGCAACCAGCAAAUUCGGGUUCAUCGACAGCUUCAAAGUCGUCCUCAAGGGCCCCAGUGGCAUCUACAGCGACCAGUGUGAAAGCAUGACCAAGGGGAGCUUCUGGACCGGACAGUAUCGAUGGGCAAUGACCCUGCAAUUUUCGCCGAGCCAUCCCGUCACGAGAAGGGAGUUCAUCUGGAAGAGAACCCGACAUGAAGCCGUGGAUGGCCGGACGGCUUCUGUGUUCCAGUUCAACUACAAGCUGGUCGAUGCGCAGACGGACCAGCUUCUCGCCGUGUUCACCAGUAGCUGGUCGAUGCGGAAAUGCGGCAUGUUGCAGAUCAAUGUGCAGUAUGGGAAGGACUUUGAGACGAUGGCAUUCAUUACCUGUUUGAGUCUGUACGAGAGGGCGAGGAGGCAGAAUGGUGCUAGUGCGGGUGCUAGUGCGGGUGGUGGUGGUGGUGGUGGUGGUGGUGCAUAGUAGGGGUACUUUCUACGUUGAAAGUAAAGGGAAUAGAUGCUGGAGUGACGGAUAUCGGCUUCAUUCCUGGCAAUUCCGGAAGGCUUCCGGCUGUCAUGAGCUAGCAACCGCGUCCAGAUAUCGUCUCAAACCCGUUCACCACGACACAGGGUUUCCUAUGAACCAUCUGUAUGACAUUGGUAGCGCCAAGUAGGUGUUGCCAGGCUGAUGCUUCCCCAGUGGCUGAAAAGUCAAGAGAUGGAUGGAAAUGGCGAAGAAAAUGAUGCUCUGGAACUCCCUUCAUGACUGUCUUGUUUCUUUUCUUGAACAGCAUCGACAAUGCGUUACGAGUACUUGAGAUUUGAUAUCCAGGUUGAAUUGCGUUGUAACAAUAGCAAGUCUCUAUCUAGCAAUUACCGUUCCGGGCUAUAAGCCUCGUAAUUCCCUUAUAGAAUCGAAAGAAG